AUGGUGUUGUUGAGAAGCAACAAAGUGACGAUGGAACCGCCGAAGUCGACAGAAGCGGCGGAACCAACGAACCCGGCGGCAGAACCGUCGAACUCGACAGAAGGAUCUGUUCCUUUCGUUCCGGAACCGACGAAGUCAACAGGCGACGGAACCGGCGCCGAAGUCGACAGAAGCGGCGGAACAACGAACCCGUGCGGAACCAACGAACCGGUGGCGGAACCGUCAACUCGACAGAAGGGGCGGUUCCGACAAAAGAACUGUCGAAUCCGACAAAGCGGGGGAAGUGCCAAAUCCUUCGCAAACAGCGGAACCGACCGACGAAUCUCCGCCGACAGAGGAGACGGUGGUGACAGGAGAGGCGGAAACCGGAGAAGCAAUGCCCAAAGAAAAAGAAGCCCAAACUGA